AUGAUUGACAAGCAUCAAGGUUGGCAUGAGAUGUUACCAUAUGCUUUAUUGGUGUACCGCACGACGGCCACAACGUCGAUUGGAGCAACUCCAUACUUGCUAGUGUAUAGAACAGAAGCACUCAUACCUGUUGAAGUUGAAAUACCUUCAUUAAGAAUCAUCCAAGAAACUGAGUUGAGGAAUGUUGAUUGGAGAAUGACUCGUGCUUUUCACAAGAGAUUAAGAGCCAAAAUUUUCAAAGUUGGUCAGCUGGCCCUUAAGCGCAUUUUUCCUCAUCAAGAGGAAUAUAAAGGAAAAUUCGCGCCAAAUUGUAAAGGACCCUACAUGGUUCAUAAAGUAUUAUGUGGAGGUGCUUUGGUCUGGUCAGAUAAGGAUGGAACCGCAUGGCCGAAACCUUUCAACUCAGAUGGUGUCAGGAGAUACUACGUGUGA